GCGGGUUUGUGCUUCAGGAUGCUGUUCCGUGCUGUGCUGAGUAACCGAGUUUGCAGCAAAAAGAGGGAGCCGCACUGCUACCCCUUAGACACCUUGCUGCAAUAUUACCAGUGCAACAGACAGGAUGAGCACACUUCAACCAGUAACUUCGGAGCACCAGUUCCUCCUUUUGGCUGCUCGUGGUCUACAGCAAAGCAGUUGCAUUGGGUCCUCGCAGUUGUAAAUGAAGAAGGCAUCGUCAGGUUGUACAAUACUGAAUGUCAUAACAAGAAGGAUUCAAUUUUUCGAGAAUGGUUGGCUCACAACAAUGCGGUAUUUGACCUUGCUUGGGUUCCAAGAGAACCAAAAUUAGUUACAGCUUCAGGAGAUCAAACUGCAAAGCUCUGGGAUGUGAACGCAAGUGAGCUCCUGGGCACAUUCAAAGGCCACCAGUGCAGCCUCAAGUCAGUGGCAUUUGGAGCGCAGGAAACAGCUGUAUUUUGUACUGGUGGAAGAGAUGGUAAUAUAAUGGUCUGGGACAUUCGCUGCAGCAAGAAAGAUGGAUUUUACAGACAAGUGAAACAGAUUACUGGUGCUCAUAACUCACAAGUUAAACAGACUUCUCCAAGGCAGAAGAAACGACGACCUGCUGCACGAGGACUUGCACCUUCUGUGGAUUCUCAGCAGAGCGUAACAGUGGUAAUUUUUCGAGAUGAGAACACCUUGAUUUCUGCAGGGGCUGUGGAUGGUGUCAUCAAAGUGUGGGAUUUAAGAAAGAACUACACCAUUCUUCACCAAGAUCCCGUGCCAGUUCAGUCCUUUCUUUAUCCAGGCACUAGUGCACGAAAGCUGGGUUACUCCAGUUUAAUCUUGGAUUCAAAAGGCUCCAAUCUUUUUGCAAACUGCACUGAUGAUAGCAUUUACAUGUUCAAUUUGACUGGCUUGAAAACUACACCAGUUGCAACCUUCUGUGGUCAUCAGAAUUCCACCUUUUAUAUUAAGGCUUGUCUUAGUCCAGAUGAUCAAUUCUUGGUCAGUGGGUCCACGGAUCAUAAUGCGUAUAUCUGGAGGGUCUCUGAUCCUCUUUAUCCACCAACAGUGCUCCAGGGACACACUCAAGAGGUGACCUCUGUUUCCUGGUGCCCUUCAGAUUUCUCAAAGAUUGCCACUUGCUCUGAUGAUAAUACUGUUCGCAUCUGGCGUCUAAAUCGAAAAGUGGAUGUGACUAAGUCUGAAUUGGUGGGGUCUGCAUGCCAGAAGAAGCUGGCAGAAAAAGAAGUCAUCAUUGAUUCAACAUAUCGUACUCCACCCAAAACUUCAUUGAUGGAAGGUCUGAAUUUGCCAUCUCCUCAGCAAGCUGAAUGUGCCCCUAAUGUUACUGGAGACAUGCCUCUCUCUUCCAACACCCUUGGCUCUGUAACCCAGAGCUCCUUGAGUAAGAAUUGUACACCACGUCGUCUGCGCAAGUCAGCUUCCCCCUCACCAACUAAUUCUUCCUCUGGGAAGAUGUCAAUCAAGAGGUGGAUGGUUAAAAGCCCCAGCCCUUCUGCUUCUCACUUUGUUGGCCACGAUACUUCGAGGAUGGUGCUGAAUCCAGCUAGACAAAUUCAAUCAAAAGAUGUCUUGGCAGUUAUAAAUGCUCCAAUUUCAGAGAAGAAAGUUAAAAGAAGGUUGGACACCAGUGAUGGGUCAGCAAUGGACAGUAGUAAAAAUGAAGACUGCAGUCUUGCAGCAGAACUCAGUCCUAAAAAAUGUAAAAUUGAUCCCUGCUCUGCAGAGAUGCGGAAAAGGAAACACUUAUUAAUGGAACAUAUUGAAGAUAAAGGGAUGAAAGACACUGGCAGUAAUUCUGGAGAAAUUCUUCCUUUGACAAGCCCUUUUCCACAUCCAGACCUAGAAGCUUCCUCAACUUCAUGCAAGUCCCAUCAGAGAGCUAAAAUCCUGGACAAAGAAAACAGCUCUCUGCAAAAUUUAAAUUGGCUUACCGAAUUAGGGGAGAAACAGAAACUUGAACUGAGUGGUAAAAUUGAGAGAUUAUCCUCAAGUCAAGCUGUCUCUCAGAAUAUGUCGGUGAAGAAAAAAGAAGUAUGGAAUCUAUCAAAUUCACCGACUGCAGCUUCAACACGCAAGAUCUCUUCGUAUUUUCAUCGGAAGUUGACUGAUUGACCAUAUUGUGUAGCUGGGAAUUAUUGGCAUAACCUAAUGCUGUAUUCAGAGCUUGCAGUACUCUUGAUGAAACACUUCUUAUCAUCUUUGUGUAGUAUUUCCUGUCUGCCAUCUGUGAUGGUGUAUGAUUUGUGAAAUGGUGUUUAGAAUUUUUAAUAGCUUUUUUACUAUUGUUCAACCAGUUUUUCUCUGUUUCAAAAAAAAAAUUGCACCUAACCGGGUAUGCAAGUUAAAUUCUAAUGACAACUUGUGUACCAGUAGUCUCAUUUCCUGUUGGAUCUAAGGUUUGUGCUGUCAAAACAAUACAUGUAGGUCCAGGGCUGAAAGCUACCAGCCAUGUCACAGCUGGCUCAUUCUGCAGUGUAUAGAAAUGAAUAGUGAGAUAAUUAAAGAACUACAAACUACAAAAUUUAAUUAAUCAGUGGUUUUGAGCAUUGGAGUAAUUAAUUUAUUAAAUCAAAGGACCCUGGUUCCAUUUGAAUUUUAUCCAAUUUUUAAUCCGCCUAAUUUUGCUCUCGUUUGUUAUCUUUUUAAAAAGCAUGGAUUUAAAGCUACAUUUGUAAAUUGAUAUUGUUUGAUUCUGAACGUGUUGCCUCCCAGAAUAUAUUUUGCCUACUUUGUUUUGUAUUCAAUUAAUUUUUUGCUUAAUGUUGAAUACACCAUGUUUUACUAUGAUAACAGUGGCACUGUAGGUAAUGGAGGUGUCUCCAAGUCCUGUGAUGCCACCUCAGUUCAGAUCUACAAUAUUUACAUGUUCUCCAUGUGAGCACACAGGGUUCCUCCAAUGUGCUGGUUCAGUGGAUUAAUUGGUCACCAUAAGUUAUACUUACUAUUUUAGAAUGGGAAAGCAGGGGUAUUAAUGGGUAUGUGUAAGAGAAUAGAUUAUAAAGAAAUGUCGGGGAAUGAGACUGUUCUGAUCUAUGGCACGGACUCUGGGCUAAAUUGCCUCCUACAUCUUGAGGAAAUAAGAAAUACAGAUGCCUUUGCACAAUAUGAAUCAAAAUUAUACCCAUGUUGUAGAAUAAGUUAUUUGUAAUGGACCUCUCAUUGUAAUAGAAUUAUAAUGGGUAACCAAAUAAUAUGGCAACAUAGUAUGAUACCAUGGGUGAAGCAGAGGUUAAGUUACAUUUGGUAGAAAUCUCUGCCGUUUCCUAUCCCUGUUGUUUAUAAGUUCUUGUUUCAAUAACACCUUUCCAAUGGUAAACCUCUAUCAUUUUCCAUGUGAUAUAUGUGACAAUAUUUUCCUUGUUUUCUGGAUUAUGGUGGUACAACUGCACUUUAAUUGCAUCAAGAUUAACUAGCUACAGUUCUGACUCAAAAUUCCCAAUGUGCUAGUUUAUUCAUCAGUGUAAGUAGGAUUUAGAAUACUUAAUGCAGAAGUUAAACUUACAAAUUUUGUAUGAUUUUGGAAAUUAAAAUUGCACCAUAUAUUGUUUUCCUUAUUAAAGUAAUUGCAAGUUUCAGGUGAUUUCAUCCAUUUACAGUUGACAAGUUAAUUCAUACCUAGAAGCAAUAAUGUUCUCUGUUUUAUAAGCUUGUGAAAUAUAGCUAGAAUUUAAUAUUGCUUACCUCUUUAGCAUUGGAUAACAGGAAUACAUGAACUUUUAUAACACUUAUUGAAACUCAGUGUUGUAUGUAGCUUUAGGGGUUAACUGUAUAAAGGUCAAAGAAUCAAGGUGCAAUGUAAACCAGAAAGGAAGUGAUGCAGGCACGAACUGGCUUUGACAGUUCAAUGUUAUAACAACGUGUGCCUUGUACUUCCCAAGUGCAGGCCUGAUUUCAGAUGCUCUGGAAAUGUUUGUAUCCCCUGAGAUGCACUACUUCCAAUUCUCUCCUCUCCUCUUCUUUUGAAGUAUCCUCUAUUGUUGCAACUUUCCCAAGGCACAUUUCAUCCUUUGCUUGCUUAAACAAAAAUGGAGAAAUGGCCCGAUAAAUUAAACAAAAGCAUUUCUAGCUUUUCAAGAGUAAUAAGAUUGGCUAAAUACAAGUAAUAUUGAAGAAUCAAUGGGGAACUGGCUCUUCUGAAUGGGAAAUUUCUUUUGGAAAAGCUGGGUGCUUUGGCCAAAGCCCUUUGCC